AUGAGCGAAUGUCAAUCCAGCUUCUUGGUUAAUCCAACCCAUGCUUGCGUCUUCAUUAAUUCCGGAAACGAUCCCAUGAUCCAAAAUCAGGUGAUCGACGAUCCUCGACAACUUAUCAAACUUCCAUUUCCGCCAAAAAUUAAUCCCCGAGAUUUGGUUAUUUCACAUAAUGAUGGUCGCAUUCCCAAACCUCCAAAUGCUUUUAUUAUCUACCGAAAAUUGUUUGUAGAAACAGCUCGCGCUACUGGUUAUAACUUGCCAAUGAAUAUCAUCUCUUCAAUGGCAUCUCGAUCAUGGGAACAAGAAAUUGAUGAAGUAAAAAAUGAAUAUAAGAGAAUUGCAAAAGAGGCAUUCGAUUAUCGCAAUGAAUUAUUUCCUAAAGUAAAACCUCAGAAAAAAAGAGAUCAAUGGAAAACUGUUUCAUUUGAUAAAUCUUCUAUCCGCAAAGUUAAAAUGACUAAACCCAUGAGAUCAGUCAAUAAACCUACAAAACAUCAAAUUGAAUCACCCACAUUUAACCCUGAAAUAAUUCUUGAUGAAAAUUUGUUGUCACCUGAAUUUUCAACCGAAUUUUCACCUGAAUUUUCACUCGAAUUAUCACCUGAAUUGUUUAAUGAUUUAAAUGUUAUCGAUAUGAAUUCAUCAAUUUUUAAUAUUGAUUUCUUUGCUGAUUGGGCCGAUAUCCUUGACAGUCAAAAUACUUUUCCUAGUCCUGAUUUAACAACUUCCAGCAGCAAUAGUUCUCCUAGCAUAAAUGAUGAUUUUGAAUUUGAUUUAGAAAAUUUUUCUCCUGCUCAACGCUUUGAUUUACCAAUUCAAACAGAUCAACAAGUCAGUGAUGAUAUCACAAAUAAUUUUUUAUACAUUAAUGAAGACCAAUCUACCAAUAUUUAUGAUGAUCAAUACGGACUUGGAAUUUUCGAUCUCUCUAAUGAAACCUCCGAAAUAAAUUCACAUAAUUCACAUGAAAUGUUUAAUAUACAAAAUACAUGCAUUUCUGACCAAUUAUCGUUCUCAUCUGACUUAUUAGAUACAACAAUAAAUCAAGAUUAUUUAAAUGAUGCAUUAAUUUCUUAUGAGAUGGGUUUUUAA